AGCAGUUCUGGCUGAAGCACUAGGGCUCAGGUCCCGGGGCGGCCGGGCUUGUUCGCGGAAUCUCUUGCGGAAAGCGCUCCUUCAUGGUCAUGCUGCGCGUGCCCCUGGUGAUCUUCUUCCUGGCCUCGGCGUGGGCGCAAGAGCUCUCGCAGCAGGAGCUCGACCCAGUGCUUGCGGCGGACGACGAGUGCGCCUCCGACGGCGGCGAGUCCUGUGGCGUGGAGUUGCUCCAGGCUCGCGCCUCGAAGGACGUCAAGGUGGAGCUGGCGAGCUCCGCCGUGGAGGCCAAUGGGGAAGGUGGCGAGCAGCUCCUGCAGCACAACGCCACCGCCAACGCCACGGCCAAUGCGUCGCAGCCGCCAUGCGCCGGCAACAACGCGGCCUGCUGGAUCGACAUCGACUGCUGCUCCGCCCGCUGCUCGUCCACCCGCCGUUGCGCGCCGGUGCGCUGACUGGGUAUCCUUCCGGGUCGCCACCCUUCUCGUUAUCUCGCCCAGGCAUGUUCGCAGCGUUCUGACUGGGGCCGCUUAGACUGUCGUCUGUAGCAGCGAUUGCAGCGUCAAAAGACAGUCCGAGCAGCGCAGAAGCGGUGUGUGUGUGUGUGUCUGUGUGUGUGUCUGUGUGUGUCCGCGUGUGUAUGUGUGUG